GGGGGGAGGGGUGGGGAGGGCUUUGCACUAUGCCCAUACUGCAUGUUUCUAAGAUUUAAUUACAUUUCCCAGAUGCAGAUUUAAUUAAUCUAAUGAGAUGCAAUCUUGUUCCAAUAUACAAAUGCAGUCCAUGUGAAAUGUUGUCUUUUAUUACAUCUGUUUACCAGGGAAAUGUGUAGAGUUACAGGUGUUCCUAGUUUACAUAUUUAUAGAAUUUGUUGAUGAGUGUAGCUAUGUUAGUGUCGUCUUCUGUCCUCCGAGUAUUUAUUUAUUUAUUUUUCUCCUGUGCAACCAAACAUUAAGCCAUUUAUUAUUCAGCAUUAAGAAAUAUGGUAUUUAAAACAAGUGGGUGACUAAGAGUUACUGUUCUCAGUUUAUUGCUGAGGUUUUAUGGGCGUAUCCCAUCCUGGCUUAGAGCACAAUAAACAAAUCCUGUUGUAGUAUCUGGCCGAAACCAUAAGCUUUAUAAUUAUUAUAUAAUUUGUAAAUCUCUGGAUAAAUAAAAAUCUAUUGGACAUAGAUGUUUACUGUAUUUCUAGUUUAUGGUCAUAUUUUGUAAUUAUCAGCAUUCAAAGUGAUUGUUUACUUUUUAAAAUAUUUUUGGAGGAAUAAGGUGUGUCGGAAUCCUUGACAUAUUUUCAAGUUGCCUUCCCUGCCAAGCUUAGUGACUCGGGGGUGUGUGUGUGUGUGUGUGUGUGUGUGUUUGAAAUUUGAUACUGAACACGUCUCUUUUUUUUCCUUUUUUUUCCUCCUUUUUUUAUGGCAAAGCAUGUGUAGUGCUGUCUUGUAGAUAAACUGUUAGAACUAAACAGUUAAUGUUUUUCUUGACCACAAAUUAAAGUUUUUCAUGCUAAAACCCAUAAAGGUUCAGUUCAACCCUAAAUAGUGCUGUAUAGAAUCCUACAACAGAGUGAUUUCCUAUCAGAAUGGGGCUGAGUAGAACCCCUUUAGAACAAAAUAUAAAGUUCUUUAAAAAAGAACCCCUUUUCUAACAGUGCAGGAUAAUAUUUUUGACAAACACACACAUUGUUCGACUAAAGUAAGCUGAGAUUCUGUGGUUGUGAUUGGUUGAAAUUGUAUCCUGCCGUGUUCACGCGACCUGAAUCUUCAUGAUGUUUGCUUCAUAAACACAGUGCACCACUGUGCUGUUUUCAGAAGGCGGACUAAACGACUUUUUCAGCCAGCAGGUUUAUUCCAGAAACAUUAGAUAUUCGUUGAGACUAGAUAUGUCUCACUUUAUAAGUACCACUCGCUCGUUCACACAUCCAGACUCGUCUACCUAAAAUCACCCUUUUGGAAUUCAAGCAGCCUUGUUAAUUUGUGGUUGUGGUAGGUUGUAAACUAGAUUUAUUUGUGAUACAAGUCUUACUUUUACCCAUGGUGUAGAUGUAGGAUUUUCAAGAAGUUACUAACAAAUUCUUGAUACAAUAAAAUUAAACUUUUAAUUAAAUUAUGUCUGAAUCACCUGUAAUUGCUUCCAAGUUGCUGGACAAAGACAUCUAAUUGGAUAAACCUUAUGGCCCACACUAAGAGGUGGUCAGAAGCGGUCUGGAGUCUGUUUGGACUGGUCCACAGCAAAUGCCUCUUAUGUGGAAACAAUCUCUUUAGAAGAUUCUACAGAAGCAUCAAGUUACAGAUCUUUUUUUUUUUUUUUUUUUUUUUUUUUUUCCUUUCUUCCCCUUGUUGUUUCAAGAACACUUAAUACCAGCGCUAACAGGAUGGAGUUUUGUAAGAAAUUUGGUUUCUUUUUCCUCCAGAUUUGGACCGUUUUUUUAUUUAUUUAUUUUUUAUGCAUUGCUUCUACCUUUUUAUCUUUCUGUAGUGUACAUGCAUUCUAUCUGCAUAUUGUGGCAUCAAGUAGAAAGCGAGAGGUCUGGCAGAGGCUUCUGAUAAGGGGGUGAAACAUUUUUCCGUUGUCAGCUUGAGCAGUGGUAAAGGGGGCCGUCUUGUUUUCACUAAGAGGUUAGGAGUGUGAUGGCCAGCGAUUAAUGAUUAAAUAUAAGUAGUAGAUUCCAUGCAUAUUUGCCCUGGGAAGCAUUGGGAGUGUUGAGGAGUUGCUGAACUGGAUCUGCUGUAGGUGGUGUAUGCAAUUUCGGCUUUGGGAAAAUCACACACAAACGCCAGGAAAUUAAGUAUAAAGUAUAACGAGCAGUUACAGAAGAGUAUGCUAAAUCUGCUGUGUGCUAGGAAACAGCCCGAGUGAAAAGCAAAUUCUUUCCCAUGUGAGACCAUAAGCAGUAAAGGUUUGAAGCUGUUAUGUACCAGUGUAUAACCAGUAAAUCUGGUUUGAGGAUGGGGUAAAGGCAAAAGUAUAAGAGGGAGCGGUAGACUGGCUGUGAGAAUGAGUGUCUGCUUAGUCAGAUUGAGACGCAAGAAGAAGAAAGGGAGGGGCAGAAGAGUGUGUAUUCCAGUCGUCAACCUGCUGUAAAUGGGCUAGGGCGAAGUGAGAUUUUUCGUGAUGUCACACAGAGGAGGAGUGUAUGGGAGGGACUUGUUGAGCUGAAACUCUUGCAACACCUUUUGCUUUCUAUGAGAGCAGACAAGCGAGUAUUGUUCAAGGAAACCUCAAUCCUGUGGGGGAACUUGAGCAUAGGACUCCACAGAACUUGUUCGAUACACCAGGGAUUUUAUGCAGGCUUCUUAACUUCACUGGUCUUCCACUGGAAGCAGUUAGAGAACUUGUAUUUCCGUGAGAAGAAAUUUGCAGUUGAGGUCAACGACCCUCCCAGGAGAGCAUCAUCCAAGUCCACUUUUGGCCAGUCUGGACAGGUUAUCCACACGUGGUAUGCCAGCCACUCGCUGAUCAAAACCAUCUGGGCAAUGGCAAUCAGCCAGCAUCAGUUCUACUUGGACUGCAGACAGAGCAAUUCUAAAAUAACCACAUCUAAGAAUUUGGGGGAUAUCGCCAUGGACCUUACCGGUACUGGAGCCUCCAGAGUCAGCAAGAUGGUGAGCGGAGAGAGCAGAGACCAGCUCAUCAUGGCCAGCAACGGAAGCUUGGCCUCUGCAGAUUCUGCAGAUUCUGAGAUAAAUGAGGAGUUGAAGAAAGAGAAGCUUGCUGAGCUGAAGAAGAAAGAGAAGAGCCUUCAGGAUCUUCUGGCUCAGAAAUUGACUGAACUUAAGAAGAUUUGCCUCAGAGAAGCAGAACUGACAGGCAAAUUGCCUAAAGAGUACCCUUUAGCAUCAGGAGAGAAGCCUCCUACUGUAAGAAGACGUGUAGGAACUGCUUUCAAACUAGAUGAUCAUUUCCCUUAUGAUGUGGACCCUCAGUUAAGGAACUUAGAAAGCCGGUUUUCUCUACAGCAGAAGAUUGUAGAAGCGGCAAAGAAGCUCGCCAGUGAAACGGAUCUCUGUAAAACUGUGAAGAGGAAACGGCGGAGGAACUUUGAAGAUGCUAUGAAGACGCUUCAAAUGAUUGAGAAUGAAAUUAAUGACUACAGAGUGAAAACGGGCAAGAAACCCACACAAAGGGCCUCGCUGAUUAUCACUGAUGACAUGAAUGCAGCAGAACUCAGCUCACUAUCUGACAGCUUAAAUCUGGAUGAUGAUGAGGCAUUUGUAGUGCAACGCCAACGUUCCCGUUCAGUUCAGUAUUCACCACGGCCUUCAGACAACCUCGGCAUUCCAUAUCAAUCCAAUCGCAGGGCCUCCGAAGAACCGCACAACUCUGACAGAUUGAACUAUGGCGAAGUCCAAGAACCUUACUCCUACAUCCAGCAAGAUUCUUUAUCACCGCAUAGUAGCCCCUAUUACGCUCCUUCCAGGCAAGAAGCAGGGAACUCGCGCAGCAUGCCUCCCACACCCCAGCUGACACGCAAUGCCUACAGCAGCAUCCAGCUCAGGUGUGAGGAGGACACGCCUCAGCACUUCCGUCAGCGCAGUGGCAGUCUCGAGUCUCAGUCACUCUUUGCCUCAGAGUGUGACGGCCCGGAGCCUGCGUUUGCCAUCGCCCCUGCUGCCCGACGCAGCAACAGCACCGAGGUACUUGAUGAUGUCUCCUCACACACUAGCCAGUCAAGCGCGGAGUACUGCGCCCAUUCGCGCGCUCGAAACCGCCAUCGUCGCCUGAGGGACUAUUAUGCGAAUACAGGCAGCAUGCCCAACCUGGCACAGAACGAUUCUCGCUGCUGCACCUAUAAUGCACCGACCAGGCCCCCCACAACAGCCUACUACGUCACUGGAUACCCCUGCUAUGCAGAUCCACACACCAACGGAAGCUACACGUAUGAGGAUGAGACAGCGGGCCAUUAUAGCGUAAAUCCUUCCUACCAGACUCUUUCCUACCAUGCACACGAACAAUACAGUGACUACAGUCACACUGAGAUGGACAGUAUGAGCCGGAAUCCAUAUGCUACACUGAGGCAGACGAGGAGUCGUCCGCCAUCGAGGAACGAAAACCUUAUGAGGAGCACGCAGAAGGCUAUAGUGGCCGAGCACUUACGAGGCUGGUAUAACCGACACACAGUACAAAGGCAGAUGCCGUAUGAGUACGACAGGGAGUCCCAGCAAAGCAUGGCCUACAGGAUGAUACCACAUGCUUAUGGCUACAAUGAUCGCAGCACCUCAUAUGCCUCAGUUUCUACAGCGCCUAGUACAGGGAACUGGCAUGAUCACUUGUCCGUAGGUUUAUCGGAAUACGACAUGGGCCUUCACCCACAGCAUGCCUAUAGCUACAAUUCAGUCCAUCAGAGUCCCCUUCCACAGAGCCGACAUGCCUUCAGUCCACACCCUGCACCCUCCUGGCACUACCCACCUCCUUCCUUCUCACCUAGUGCUUGUUCUUCCUCAUCCUCUUACCUCUCCCUCCCUCGACCUCCUCCAUCCCGCUAUCGGGUGGAGUGGUUGGGCUGUGAUGGCUCCAAAACUGACAUGGUUAAUAAAGCCUCCUUGAUAAAUGUAGCCCUUGAUAGUCAUACAUGGAUGUAAACCAAAUGGAUUCACACCUGUGUAGCCCAGUGGAUAGUUUUGACUCUGAGGAUCAGACACUUUACUGGCACGAAGACUCCAAGCCUGGAACAAUAGUGUAGGAAAUUAAGAUAACUUCAUGCUUUAUGCCUUUUUCAAAUCCCGGUUUAUUUUUCUGCGGGUGACUAGUUCAAAGCAUCGACGUUUUGAGGAACGUUACCAGGCAAGGAUUGUGCACGACUGCAUUCAGCCAGCUCAGAGAGCACGAGUGCAUUCCCCUUGCAACAGAACCAAAACAGGCCUUUGGGAACAGGCCCUGGAGAGCAACGCAUUUUGAGUGUGUGUGUGUGUGUGGUGCUAGCACUUGUGGAACUCAGCCUGCCCUGAUGAAUGCCUGCUGUGGAAUUUCUUUGGGAUUUGUUAAUAUGGUAAUAGUGAUUGGGCCGAGGAAGGUGGUAUUUGAGCCAAGUAGCCUGGACCAUUCCAUUGCCAUGGCAGGAUAUUACAAUCCUAUUUCCUCUUCAUAGACAUAAAGCAAAUAUUAAUAUGAAGGACUAAACUCAGCUGGUUUCUGUUGUGUGAAAAAUCUCCAAUGGACAUUUUGCAGUUUGUUUAAAGAUCUUGAAGCAUUAACUUCUAUAUUGCUAUUCAAGUUAAUUCUGUCUUAAAAAUGUUUUUUUUUUUUUUUUUUUUUUAAAGAAAUAUUUUGUAUACAAUUAUGCAUAAACAUUGGAUUUGCAAGGGCUUUGAACAUGGGUAUGCAAAGAAAAUGGAACUUUUAAUCAUGUAUUUACUUGCAGCAUUAUUUACACGCGCUAUUUAAAAUACACUGUGUUGCUUUGCCCAUCUGCUGCGUAUAUGGCUUAUGAAAAGAACAGGAAUCUGUAUCAUCGUAUUGACAAGACACAAACUACUUUGGAAUAGUGCUUGAACAACACGGACCAGCUACUAGACAUGUUCCUGAUAGCUUUCCCAUUCCAUAUAUGUAUAAAUCAUGCCCUGGAAUAUUAUACAUUGCUUACUGCUAAGCAUUGGAACAUGGAUUUUCUUUAGGGUUUCUUCCAGAUUACUUGUUAUUCCUUAAAGCCCAAAACUGUAGUGCUUCACACAUUUUAAAUCUAGCACUAAUAAUGUUGCAGAUUAGUUGAAAACUUUUUUUUUUUUUUUUUUUUUUUUUUUUUUUAAAUCUGACUGCAUCCAAUAGCAGAAACCAAGGCCUGAAGUUUGCCACCUUUCUUUCUUUUGCUCGCUCUCUGUCCAGCAGAGCUGACUAUGUAUAUGUAAAUUCUGUAUAUAGAGUUUAUUUUUUUGUCAUUUUUAAAGAGAAUUUUUUUUUCUAUGUGCAUUUUUUUUUGGAAAAAUGUGUAAUAUAUAUAUAGUAAUCAGAAUUGUUAAGCUGGUUCUUCGUAAUUUCUAUCAAUGAAAUUUCUUUGAAUUAAAGAAAAAUGACAAAACAACGUUUUAUCAUUUGAAACAUAGUAAAGUUAAGACGUGUUGCACGGUGAAUGAUAAAUGAGGCAAAUUUAAAGAACGCGAAAAAAAAUAUUAAUUCAAAGUCAAAACCCAUUUAGAGUCAAAGCUCUGAACCCUCCAACAGUCUUUAAAUUGGAUUGUAAUAUGAUGUAAAGAAACCUGGAUCUGAACUAUACUGGUGGCAUUUAGGAGAGAGUUAGUUAACUAGAAAUGCUUUUUGUUGUUGUUUUUCUACAACAUGCACAUAGAGUUGAACAAUUUUCUUUCAAAGAAGAGAUCUAUAAUGCCUUUCACUCUUUCCCAUGUCACACUUCUGAAGAAAGACAAAUGCUGCUUUGCUGCAUGUAUAGAAAACCAGAAGAACCUGUAGGAGAGCUGGCACACCCACUCAUUCCUCAUGGGGACCAAAACCAAGAUCAGCUAUGUUUACUUAGCUGAGUAAGAGCAGCUCACGCCUGCAAUACCCGUUCAUAGCAUAUGUAUAAUACUUCAGGUUGAUUGAAGAAUUUACAAAUAUGCAGGAAGAAAUAGUAAAUUUUAAGUUCUGUAAAUCAUUUGGUUAUGCUACUGACUUUUUUAAUUCCACUUAUGAGUAUAGGUUAAUCUUUCAACGUUGUGCUACUCAAACAUUUAAGAGCCCUAGUAGUUCUCCACACUCUUUCUGUUAGCCUUUUAUUGUUAUUCUUCCAAUGUGCAACGUCUGAAAGUACUCCAUGCGGACACGUGAAGUACGUUCUACUCCUUCAUGUGUGCAUCGACACAAAAUACAAGCACAAGCUGGGACAGCAAAUUAUUCUUCUUGAACUCCAGUUUAAACUUGAUUACACUGUAGUAACUUAAGUUUAUUAGUUCUGUCGUAGCCUAGCUUGAAUGUAAACUGUCACGAU